AUGGUCGUGCAUAAAGUUAUUUGAUUCGAGAGUUCAAUUAUAAAUUAUAUACUUUUGCUAUUUUGAGUAACCAAAAUGCCGCUGCUUCCAAAAGUAACAGAAGCUGAAGAUGAAGUUGAUAUUUCUGGAACAUCCCCGGAAGAAAAGAAAUUUGAGUUGCAUAUUCAAGUAUCAACAAACGAAGCAGCCGAUUGCGAAAUCCAUGUAAAUGGAUGUUCAGUUCUAAAAACUUUGGAUUCUGAAGAUGUGUUGACAUCUUCUCUAAGUGAUAUGAAGAAUUCAUCAAGAAAAUUGCCACCUAUCAUCUGUGGAAAUGGCAAAAGUUCUUCCACACUUUUCGUUCCAUUUUCUCAGCAAAAGAAUGUGCUUUCUCCAGGAACAAAAUCCAAGUUUCACACCAACUGUUGUGUUCAAAACUUUGGUAAAAAUGAUUUUAGGAGAAGAUACAGCCCGAGGAGGAAAUCUGAGGGUAUCGAAGACGAAUCUUCUUAA